CGUCAACACUAUUUUUCUCAACCAAACUACUUCUCUUGCUUCUGCACGACUUCACUUACGGCAUAUGCAAUGGCCGGCCACAAGGGCGGCGCACGGUUCAAUGAUGCCGAGGACAUAUCCGAUGACGAAGCACUGCGCGUCGCUAUCGCUCUGUCACUUGGUCAGGAUCCUGUCAAACCGCGAGCUGGUGGGAAGUCAAGCGCUACAAUUGACCUAACACAAGACGAUGAGGACGACGAUGGAAGUCUGAGUAAAUCAACCAUUCAAUCAAAGCCUGCCGCCCAGGAUACCAAAUUAUCCCCACCCAGCAAACAAGCAUCUACCACCUCUGCGCAGGCACACAGUGUAUCAGCACUUUUCGGCCUUGACAGGAAGAAGAUGGAAGAGGAGCGUCUCGCUCGCUUGAAGAACAAACGACCAGCUUCAUCAGCUUUCGAAUCUCCCAGUCCGACCACCGCCCGUCCCCAUCAACGUUCAAAAAUGUCGACCAGUAGCUACCACAAUGCUACUGGUCCACAAACAAUUGCCGAUUUGCUACUGCCUGAGUCUGAUGGAGACGAGACGGCAAGCUCUCAAGGGUCCAGCAGUUUGCCGGUCACGGGCCGCAUGGUCAAAGCCGGGAAGCAGCAAGCAAAUCCGCCAGAGUCAGGAAAAGGAAAAGUGGCAGCAACGGCAGCAAGUGCGGAGAAAUACUCCAUUGCCGGCACCACAAGCGGUAGUAGACCAAGAACAGAACUAUCGUUUCCUCAAGGUGCAGUCAAGAAAACGUGGGUCCGUGGUCAAGCGAGGAAGGGGGACGACAUCACGAUCGAAGAAGUCUUUCAGAAGGAUAAGCUGCAGUUGGCAGUGUUGAGCACGUUUAUCUUGGAUGAGGCGUGGCUGUUCGACAAGCUGGAUUUGAUGAAGACCAAACUGAUACUAUGUCGGGGUGCCCCUAAUCAAGGGGAACAAAUCAGUACCUGGUUGGAUGGAUUCCCAACGGUGCGGAAGCAUCUUGUUCCCAUGAACGGUUCGGGAUGCAUGCAUUCGAAGCUUCAGCUGCUCAAGUACAAAGACCAUCUUCGCAUCGUUGUGCCCAGCGCCAAUCUGGUGAGCUUCGAUUGGGGUGAGACGGGUGAUAUGGAAAACAUCCUGUUCAUCAUUGACCUCCCUCUCCUUGAUGAUCCAGACGUGACAAGAGAGCUCACCCAUUUUGGCGAGGAGUUGUUGUAUUUCCUUAAGGCCAAGCAGCUGGAUGAUGGUCUCAUCAGAAGCUUGAAGAAGUAUGACUGGACGGAAACGAGGCGCUAUGGUUUUGUUCACUCGAUCGCUGCUUCUCAUAUUGAUGAUAAAGCUUGGAGGACAGGCUACUGCGGGCUUGGUCGUUCUGUCAAGGCUUUAGAUCUUGGUACAACAAAGACGAUUGAGAUGGAUGUCGUGGCUGCAUCAUUGGGAUCCAUCAAAGAUUCCCUACUUAAAGCGCUAUAUUACGCCUGUCAAGGCGACUCUGGUAUCAAAGAGCUCGAGAGUCGGCCAGUAGGCAAGAAGGGCCAGGAAGCGCCUGAUCUCGGGGCUGUCGAGGUCAGGAAACACACUCGGGUAUAUUUCCCAUCAAAGAACACGGUGCGAACUAGUAUAGCAAAGGACGCCGGGACUAUAUGUUUCCAGAAACAGUGGUUCGAGGCACCGACCUUUCCCCGAGAAGUCUUGCGAGACUGCGUCUCCACGAGACCAGGCAUGCUCAUGCACAAUAAGAUGAUCUUUGUCAGGAGGACGGAAGAGUCCAAAAGCGAACCUGGCAAGACAGUUGUGAGCGGUUUCGCGUACGUUGGCAGUGCGAAUCUUUCAGAGAGUGCUUGGGGCCGACUCAUCAAAGAUCGAAGCACCAAAAAGUUCAAAAUUACUUGCCGGAACUGGGAGUGUGGUGUUCUCAUUCCUGCUGGGACUACUACAGUCGCCAGUUCGUCAUCAGCGGUGCCUGCUGGGAAGCAGGAGGAGGAGGAGAGCAAUGGCAAGGGUAAGGGCAAAGCAGUCGUGCCUGGAGAAAUGGACGAUGACUCGUCGUGGGGAGUCUUUGAGGGUCACGUACCGAUUCCGAUGCGAGUACCGGGAUCUCCGCUUGCGUUUACUGGAUCGAAGAGUCCUUUUUUCUUUGGUGGCUUUUGAUUGGGGCACCUUGGAGUGGAAAGGAGUACUUUGGGCAUUGCAUGGGCGCGGCGGAGUCUUUACCUAUUCAGGGCUGUUAUCAUGGCUUUUGAACUCGACUUAACAUGGAACGCAGGGUUUGUAAGGGGCUGAGUGUUAGGAUGGAACUAGAUGCUUUUAUUUGUCGUUGUUGUUGUUCGCAUUCACGGCAGUACUCGCUUGCUAAAUGUUAUCGCUGGGAGUUACAAGUG